AUGUCUGUACCCCAACGCCACCACUUCAUCCCCCGAUUUAUCCUGCGCAAGUUUGCCGCCGAUGAGCAGCCCCCAGCAGGACCCUCAAGCAGGAAGACUCGGCGUCGUCGAGAUUUCCUGGUCAACAAGGUUGACUUGACGCGAGGGAUUCUCACGCAGCGCCCGGUGUCGCGGGAGUACGCUCUGGUGGAUAUGUACCGCGACCCCGGCUUCGAAAACAACCCCAACCACCUGGAGGAGAAGCUCUCGCGUCUCGAGAAUGACGCCAGCAGUAUUCUACGGCAGCGAGACACGCUGCGUAAGUUUCUCUUUUUGAUGAAGUAUCGCAACUCCCGCAUGUUCCAACGAUACGAUCACGAUCGUCUGGAAGACUACAACGAAGACGACAAACAUCGCAUGGUGAUAUACAUGAAGAAUAAGAAAUUCUCGCGACCGCGCGAUGUGUGGUUUUCCAACCUUCGCGGCUUGCUCGAGCUGGAUAUGGACGCCGGCGGACAGUGGCGCCGGACCAUCUCCAACCACGUGUAUCCCGACGACGCGAUGAUGUUCGUGGCCCACGUCCAGUCCUUCUUCCUGACAUUCUGCGAGCCAGAGUCCCCUCAGCUUGAGUUCCUCCUGACGGAGAACUCCUAUGGAGUGUAUGAAGGGCCGUCGGACUGCGGCUUCGACGCUCGCACCGGCAAGAUUGUCCCGGGCCUAUACACGGAAUGGCACAUGUUUGCGCCUGUGGCGCCGCGAUUGCUCAUCAUCCUGCGAAGCAACAUGCUGUCCGCAGGGGAUUCAGAGCCAUCGGCGGACUCGGCGUGCCUCGGCGCGUAUAUCCGGAGCCUGCAUCAGAAUCCCGAACGGGCGGGCUCGAUACUGGAUGACCUCCCUGUGCGUCGGUGCGCCAACUCGUAUAGCGCUCAGGGGGUCCCCGACGCGGCCGAAUGGAAAGCAUGUGCCGAUCACCGGUUUUACUUCGAGUGCUUCAAGCUGUCGCGCAAACACGUCGACCUGAUCAACACGCUGUUCUUGGAAGAGUCGCACGCGGUGAGCUCCAUUGUAUACCACGCACCGGACGCGCUGCGGGCCAGCCUCAAAGCCUAUUUGCUAGACAGGCGACCGGGGCUCAAGACAGCCAUUGAUCACCCGCUCGACCAGCGCAGACUGCACAUAUUAGCGCUGGAGAGGAUUGCCCGGGGCCUGGGUAUGACAGAGAAGGCCAAGUACACGCUCCGAAAACCUUCACCCCGUGAGAUGCACAUGUCCGCGUAUGUGGCGGGAAUGGUCGGGAUCGAGCUCAUGAAGAACGUCACUGACGACACACGCCUGCCUGGUGGAUAUCGCAUGCUGAGACCAGAUGCUACGCCCUUGGACUUUCUCGAAGAUCUCAAACAAGCGGGCCUUCUAUUGCUGCUGCGGAUCAAAACCGACCGUAUCCUGCGGUUUUCGCCCUUGUCGCUGUCACAGAAGAACUGCGUUCGGCGGAAUCUGCAGGAAUUCUUCAUCGGAAUGGCGCCAUGGAGGGUCUGGCUGUAUCUAAAGGUCAGUCGGAACUUGCCGAAAUAUUCCCCGACCGAUUUUCGGAUUCAGCUGGCGCCGUUGGAGCUGGAGGGGGUCGAGAAUGGGUUUGUCGAAUUGCUGGCACGAGAUCCCGAACGGAGCGAGGACCUAGUGCGUGGGAUGUAUCUUUCUGCGCUGACUUGA